AUGGCGACCCGGACCCGACCCGACGCCGAGGCCUCCUUUGCCGCGAGCCAGCGCGUCCCCGACUUCCGCUUCCGCCUUCCCCUCGCGGGCGCGCGCACGCACACGUCGCCCUCCUCCGUCCGCGAGGGGGCGGCCUUUCCCCUCGCUCCAGACUCUGCGCGCCGAUUGGCCGCGGCUGCGGGAAGACCAAUGAGCAGCCCAGGAGGCGAGGCUCGUCCAAUGGCAGCGGAGCCGGGGGCGGGCCUUGCGUCCCCGCAGGGCGGAGCUACGGGGGCCGAGCCGGCGCGAGUGGUGGGGAUGUGUCUGCUGCUCGGGGCCGCCGGCGUGGGCAAGUCGCUGCUGGUGAAGCGGCUGCAGAAGCUGAGCUCUCAGGAUGGGAAGGGCGACCUGGGCGAUCCUCCUUCGACGCGACCCACGGUGGGCACCAACCUCACGGACAUCGUGGCCCACAGGAAGAUCACCAUCCGGGAGCUGGGCGGGUGCAUGGGCCCCAUCUGGUCCAGUUACUAUGGAGACUGCCGUGCCCUCCUGUUCAUGGUGGAUGCCUCCAACCCCACCCAGCUCUCCGCGUCCUGCGCGCAGCUCCUGGGCCUCCUCUCGGCAGAGCCGCUGGCGGACGCACCGGUCCUGAUCCUCUUCAAUAAAACUGACCUGUCCUGUUACAUGACCGUGGAGGAGAUGAAGUCGUUAAUCAGGCUCCCAGACAUCAUUGCGUGUGCCACGCAGACCAUCACCGUGGCAGACGUCAGUGCCCGGACGGGCACAGGCUUGGCCGCGGUGCUGCAGUGGCUCCAGGACACGCAUGGAGCCGGCCGGUGACAUUGGGUGACAUUGGCUGGACCGCCCUAUGGCGAGGAGGCAGAGGGCAGCCCUGCUCGGCCCCCGGAGGUCUGUGCUUAGGAAGAGGAGGACCCGGCGUGAACCUCGAAGGGGGCUGCAGUGUGGGGUGCAGUGGUCGGUAAGCCGAGGCACCCAGGUGCAAGUCCUGCCGGCUGAUGGAAUGAAGCCGGUCCCGGGCUGGGGAGCAGCGCCACCCGGAGCAGCAGCAGGCAGGGCAGGUGGGAGGGUCUGGUGGAGUCGGUGCCGCUGAGCUCAUGACGACAUUGGCGAAGCCCGUUCACAUCGGCAUGUCCCGAGGUUACCUUGAACGUAUCUCUUUGGGCCACUAUUCCACCUCCUGUAACUGGUGAGGAGCCGUCCGCCGAGUGUGUGGCCCCUCAGGCACACGGUGCCUCUGGCUGCACCUGUCUGCUUCCGGCUCUUUGCUGUGCACGGCCGUGGCACUGCUGGGCGCCACGGAGCAGCCCUGGACAGGGGCCGUCUCCACUCAGACGAGUGUGAGACCCGGAGGGCGUUCAGACACCCCCGUUUCCGAGCACCCGGCAAAGCCCGAGUAAAGGCGAGAAGGGUUAGAACUCUGGGCUGUCCGUCAUCCCUCCUUCAGCCAAGAGUGCGACUCCCACGGGGCAGCAGGCAGGCAGCCCCUUUUCUCUGGAACCCGAAUUAUGUAAACUGUUCUCCCUUCAAAAAUGAAUUAAAACAGCAACUUAAAGCCUGGAAACACAAAAGAUCUCAACUGUACAUCCAAUCGGUACCACAGCCAGAGAGAAGAAACAGAAGUGACAGUCCAACACCACUGCCGAGAAAACUGAAAUCUUAGCCCUCGUUCUGUACGUUUAUGUUAAUACUGUUCGUAUUAGAGC